UCUUGUCUUAUUGGCGGAGCUUGGUGCCUUUCACGCGCUGAGGGCGCCCAAUGCGAGUGGCGGCAGGAUGAAAGAAAGGCGAGAGGGGCGGACCCCCUCCCUCUCUCAGAGUGUGGUGCGCGCGGGAAACAAGAGCGCUAGGGGGCGGAGCUGAAGGAGACGCUAACAGCAGCCAGGAGGAUUAGAAGGGGGGAAGGGGUACAGCUCCUAUCUUAUUGGCGGAGCUUGGUGCCUUUCACGUGCUGAGGCGCCCAAUGCGAGUAGCAGUAGGAUGAAAGGAAGGCGAGAGGGGCGGGCUCCUUCCUCGCGGCUGCUCCCUCUGUGUUUGUGUGUGUAUGAGAGAGUGUGGCACGCGCGCGGAAAAGGGAGGGGGGGUACAGCGCUUUUCUUACAACCUAUUGGCGGAGCUUGGCGCCGUUCACGCGCUGAGGUGCCCAAUGCGAGUGGCGGUAGGAUGAAAGAAAGGCGAGAGGGGCGGGCUCCCUCCUUGACUCCCUCUGUGUGUGUGUGUGUGUGUGUGUAUGAGAGAGUGUGGCACGCGCACGGAGAUGGGAAGGGGGGAGCGCGCGCCUGGUAACAAACGAGCCCUCCUCGCGGCGACUCCCUCCCUCUGUGUGUGUGAGAGAAAGUGUGGCGCGCGCGCAGGGAGGGAAGCGGGGAGCGCGAGCUUGGUAACGAACAAACCCUCCUCGCGGCGUCUCCCUCCUUCUGUGUGCGUGAGCGAGAGUGUGGCGCGCGCGCGGAGGAAAGAGAGCGCGCGCGCCUGGUAACGAACGAGCCCUCCUCGUGGUCACGUGUUGUUUUGCUCUUCGCGGCGAGAAGUUCUUCGUAGGCGUCCGUGGUCCUGAAAGGCAGCGCUGAGGAGAAACCGCAGGGCCGGGUGGGAAAGAGGAGGAUGGAGCCGCCCGGCAGGGCCUCCUCAGCCGGUGCCCUCCUCAGCCACAACAACAGCCACACGGCGGCGGCGGCGACGGAGCCCCAGCCGCCCCUUCCCCCUCCCCCUCCGCCGCCUUUGCCUCCAGACGUGCGGAAGACGGGCUACCUGCGCAAGCACCACAAGCAUGGGCACCGGCGCUUCUUCGUGCUGCGGGGCCCUCCGGGAGAGGGCUCGCAGGCGCGGCUGGAGUACUACGAGAGCGAGAAGAAGUGGCUGGGGAAGGCGUCGCCAGUGCCGAAGCGGAGCCUGACGCUGGAGGGCUGCCUGCAGGUGCACAAGCGGGCCGACGCCCGGCACCGGCACCUGGUGGCGCUCUUCGCGCGGGGCGAGUCCUGGGCGCUGGCUGCGGAGAGCGCCGAGGAGCAGGAGGGCUGGUACCGCGCCAUCGCCGCUCUUCUACCCGCCGCGGGAGGCGAGGAUGAAGACGACGAGGGCGGCGGCGGGGGGGGUCUUGAGGAUGAUUUCCUGGAGGUGUGGCAGGUGUCGGUGCGGGCGCGCGGGCUGGGCCAGAGCCGGGGCCUGUCCGGGGUGCAGCGGCUGUGCUUGGCGCGGCGGAGCGUGGCGCUGGUGCGGCUCAAGGGCGAGCGGCCCAGCGUGGCCUUGCCCCUCAUGAGCAUCCGCCGUUGCGGCCACUCGGACGGCUUCUUCUUCCUUGAGCUGGGCCGCUCCGCCGCCACGGGGCCCGGCGAGCUCUGGAUGCAGGCCGGCGACGCCGUGGUGGCGCAGAGCAUCCACGAGACAGUCCUGGGCGCCAUGCGGGCCCUGCGUGAGCCCCGCUGCCCCGCGCGCCCCCGCAGCAAGAGCCAGUCCUCCUCCUCCGCCUCCUCUGCCUCUUCCUCCUCAUCUUCCUCCAAUUCCUCCUUCCUGUGUAGCAGGCCCAUCUCCGUCCCGGGACCCCCCAGCAGGACCGGACUCUUCCUCCGGCGCUCCAGGACUGACAUCUUGGCGCCCUGCGGCGAGGGAGACAGCCCCCAAAAGAGCCCCCAGAAGAGCAAUGCCCUGACCUCAGAGCCCAGAAGCAGCAGUAGCACUCCCGAGACACCCCCUCCUCUGGGCAGCUAUGUUGCCAUGGAUCAUUUGGGGGCUCCCCGGAAGCGCACGCUCUCAUUAACCGCACCCGUGCAGCCCUGCCUUGUACCCCUUGCCUCAGCCUCCCUGGACGAGUACACCCUCAUGCGGGCCACCCAACCCUGCCCUCGGGUGGCCGCUGUGCUUUAUCCUGAGGAUUAUUGCGACCUAGAGGCCUGCUCUGUGGGAAAGGAGGAAGGCUAUAUGCCCAUGGCCCCCAGGACGAUGCCCAUUUUGCCCUUGCAGGACGCUUGCCUGUCCCUGAGCCCCACUGGUGUAUCUCCGUCACAUCCGCUCAGCAGCGGGAGUUCCUCUGACGACAGUGGGUACAUGCAAAUGUGGGGUACUGGCCCAACCAAGCUAUCCAGGGAGAGUCCUGCCAGAGGAGACUAUAUCAACAUGUCCCCUUUGCUGUUCCCUUCUUUGUGUGGACCUUCUCCUGCUUCUUCUUCAGAAGGCUAUGGCACCCAGAGUCCCGGGGAACAACCUGGAUGCUUCUGUAGUGCUCCCUGGACCCCUGGUGAAAGAAAGAACAGUGACCAAUACAUGCUGAUGAGUUCUCCAGGCACUCCCUAUGCCUCCUGGGCCUCUGGUGAAAGAAAGAACAGUGACCAGUAUGUGAUGAUGAGUUCCCCAGGAGUUCCCAAAGCAGAGGGCAGCUACGCCGCUAUGCCUUUCCCCAUUCACCACAGCCGAAUGGAGCCUUUCCUCAGUCGCCAUUCUUUACGGUUGUCGCUGCCUAGCAGGGAGGAGCCACCCACCUUGAAUGAACCCCAGAGUCCCAGUGGGGAAUAUGUCAACAUUAGCUACUCCCAAGCACCACUUUGCGAUGGUCCCACCUUCCUGCUCGGCUCUAGUUUAGGUAAUCGAAGCAGACCAUGUGACUCCAGUUAUACAAACAUCAGAUCGGGUGGGUCACAGUCAAGUACCCUCUCGGUGGGGUCCCUGGAGGAAGCGCUUUUGCCAGAAGUCUCCCCUAGCCCUGAGCCCUCUGGCAAGCCUUAUGUAAAGGUUGGGGUAGAGCAGGCUUGUCUUUCCAGCCCACUUUCUGAGGCUGGUGACUACACAGAGAUGUUUUUCACAACAGCCACUGCUCCCCCCCAACCCAUCUCACAUAAGCUAGAAACGGUUCGUGUAAGCAGCCCAGUGUCUGGCCUGAAGCGGCUGACACUUUCUGGAAUGGAGACCUUUCUCUUGGCUAGCCCGCCUCCUGAUCCCAAUCACGGAGCCAAAGUCAUCCGUGCUGAUCCUCAGGGGCGCCGCAGGCACAGCUCAGAGACGUUCUCCUCCACGACCACCGUGACCCCCGUUUCUCCUUCUUUUGCACACAAACCUAAGCGACACAACUCUGCCUCUGUGGAAAAUGUGUCCCUCAGGAAAAACGAAGGCCUUGUGGAAGAGCAAAAUGGCAGCCCUAUGUGUCGGGAGACGUCUGCUGGCUUCCAGCAUGGCCUCAACCAUAUUGCUCUUGAAGGAGACCAUCUGGCCAAUGCUUAUCAAGGGAAGCACAAAGGCAAGCAUCCUCUCAAUGGGAGUAUUGAUGGUACUUACACCACUAUAGACUUUCGGAACCGCAAUUUGAAUGAAGCUUCGUCAGUAAAAGUUUGUUAAGAGUUGUUGCCGUGUUGAUUCCAGAGAACAAGAGACAAGGUUGGUAAGAAUGAAGAAACAAGUUUCACCAUCAUGACCUCUGAAUCCAUUUUAAAAGCUGCUCAUAGAUUUUUUCAAGAGAUUACAUCUUAAACAGCUUUAAGAUCUGCUUAUUUUUUUCUAUCUUAUGUAGCUUUCAGAACAGUUCUUUAUUGUAUUGAAGAGGAACCAAACCAUCUAGGAUGUUUUGCAAGAUUAAUCUUGUAGAGACUGUGGAUCUCUUCAUUCGGCAUAGUGAUCAUAACCAUUACCUUUUCAGUACAAAUAAACUGUGUGUGUUCUUCAGCAUGUUGAGAUGUUCUGCUUGCACCUGCUAUAGCAGUGAAGAGUGGUGUUUACUGGUGUCCUUUCAAACCUCUGCAGCACUACCUCAAUUAAGAGUAGAACUGAAUUUGCAUUGCAUUGGCUGGCCUUACUGCUGAAUGUUGAACAGUCACCAACCUAUGGGACCUUAUCAAGAAUAACAGGAUGCUGCUGGUCAGUUGCUUCCCACUUACUAGCUGCUCUGUUAAUUUAUCAAGAGAAGAUCAGGAUGAGAUAUGAAAGAUUUAAACCAAAAAGAAACUUGAACGUUUGGAUUUGUAUGAAAAUAUUUAUGACCAUUAUAUAAUAUAUAAUAGAAGCAACAGAACUUAGUAUCAUUAAACUCUAUUGGGAAGUCAUUAUUUACUUCUGACACAUUUGUGUAAUUGUCUUGAUAGGAUUUUUUUUAUGCUUCAGAUUGCAAAAACGUUUCCUGCUAUGUAUAGGGUUACACUCAUUAGCAAAUCCUAUUAGUUGAAUUUCUUAUUACCAAAAGUCACAACAGGAAAUUGACAGAUCAAAACACGGGUCCAAACCAAAAACUUCAUUUUGGACAGGAUACUACAUCAAUUCUUUUCCCUUUUAGAAAGAAUGAAAUUUCUCAUAAAAGGAACAACAUAAAAUUUGGACAUAUGUGGGUUAAAAAGGCCAGUAUUCUAGUAAAACAUAUUGAGAAGUAUGUACCUGCUCUGUAUUUUGAAGAUAAAUGUCCUGAUUGGUCUUUUUACAUUCACAUUACAGUUUGCAUUAUAUUGGACCACGUUCAUCCUCUUGUUGCUUCUAAUCUGUAUUUGAUUAGAGAGGCUUUUAAAUAAUAUUCUUUCAAGAAUACUUCUUCUGCGUUUCAUGUGACAGUAAAAACAAAAAGGAACUUGGGAAAGGCAGGUUCAGUUUCCAGGUGAGCCAUGAAGCUCACUUGUUGAUAUUGGAUCAGACUCUCUCUGUCAGCCUGGCCUGCCUCAGAGUGAACUUUAUAUAUUACUGUACUAAUCUACAAUUUUUAGUCAAAAAUCAACCCAGUUUAUCCACAAGUACUGUACUUUAACUCCUUUUUUUUAAAAGGAACCAUCCUCCUCUCUGAGAAGGGUAGCAAAAGGCACAAGAGAGAAACUCAAGAAAGCACCAACCAUAUCUACUCUUUCCACCAUAGCACUACUUUAUAUCAUUAAAUGCCUGGGUGGAAAAAUGGUGAUGGUCGCUUACACAUGAGUAUAUAUGGUAGUUAUGAGGAUGGAGUGGGACAGUUAUUCCGAUCUGAACUCUUGAGGUAAGGCAGGAUGAAUUAACAGUUCUGUGUCAUCAUAAAUGCUUUACAUUGUUAACUAAGGGAGGAAAAGGAACCAGUGCCCCAAUGUUCUGAUUAAAUGCCGUGCAAACUCAUUUUACUUCCAUGCUAAGUGUUUGGAUUGAAGAUUGUAUAACAAGACAUAUCUGAAUGUAAUCUCCACCCAUUAAAUAUUACUCUGAGGACCUGGGAGGAGAAUAUUAUAGUGAAUAUCUUGGUAAAAAUUACAGAGAUAACAAAAAAAUAAGUGACAGUCCUGUUAUGUAAAAAAAAAAACCCUUCACUUCUCUGUCUCAGUUAAUUUAUUGAUGAUGAUAUUCCCGGCCAGUGAGAGAAUUUAAUAUGGCAGUUGUUGAAAUCAAAAAAUGAUCCUUGUAAAAUAUGAGGGAAUCUAUUAGUUUCUGAUGCCACAAUAGUUAAUUAGGUAGAUAGCCUAUAAAAUAAAGGAGAUGGAAUAUCGGGGGGUUGGGGAGUAAAUUCUUUUCAGUACUAUACAUUUUGUAAGGGGCUUAUGCAAAUACAUACAUUCUUAGUUAUCAUAUUGAACCAAAAUGUAUAAUUGAUAAGUUUGCUAAAUUUUUUGCCUGAUUUUAUCUUAAAUUUUGAAUAUUUUUUGCUAUUUAAUAUUAAUGGUUAUGAGCAGAGUUUUUCUUUUAGAGAUAUAUAAUUGUUCCUAGAUAUCAAGAUACUAAAUAUAUUUCUUGCCAUUGUGAUAUGGCAAAACACUUAACUUAUCUUGCUCUGUCUUCCAAUGUAUACUAUGUAUAUAGGUGUAAUCAGUGAUGCUGCUAGGAAAGAGAAAAAUGAAACUAGACUAGCAUAUGUAUUUAGUCUCUAUUGAUCCUGACUGCUCUCUUUAAUAGCCAUAUGCAAUAAAAUGUUAUUUAUUAAAGGAACGAUGUUUUUCGGGGCCUAUGUGUUAACAUUGGGGUGGGAGGAGCUGAUCAGAGCUACCACAUCAAAUCAGAUGGUAAUUAGAUUGAGACAAAGCCUUUGGUGUGCAGGAAAAUGCAGGGGGUUCACAGCAUUAUGGGUGCAGCCUUAUGGAUUGAUGGUUGCAGCAAAUGAAGGCUACUGUGAAAUUAUCCAUUAUGGAGGGCAUGGAGACCAUUCUGUCCUCCAGUAUGUGUGCCCAUUUCCUUGUUCCAGGAUGAAGCCAACACUGAAAAUAGGGACUUGUAUAGGAUAUUUCAAAAGGUAGACCAAGGAAGCACUUGUAUAGAACCAGUUACAGCAAGGUCAGGCCCGCCUCACAACUGCCCCAGCUAGAGAGAAAGGGAAAUGAAAACUCCACUAGUUAACAAAGGAAAGCAUGUAGUCUCACCCCUUAUGACCUGGAAUGUUUAAAUGUUAAGUUUAGGCGUUCAACACUUCCUUUCUUCCUUAUUCAGACAAACUAACUCUUUAAAACCCAUUCCAGGCUAGGCCAGGAAAGUUCUGUGACUUGUGCAGGUACGAUGACAAUCACCUUUGGUGACAAGUGGCAUAUCUACUACAGCCUGUUCUUUGUAGAGGCUUUUUUGUUUAUCAAAAUAUUCUUUAUAAUACAGCUAUCAAUAAAUUUUACUAAUGGAAAAACA